AUGGCGAUGCACAUCCCCAUGGACGUGAUGGCGGGAGUGCCGGCGUACCGCACCAGGAAGCGCUUUGCGCAGACUCCGUUCUCAAGCCGGCAGCAGUCCCUGAGCCGCCAGGAAUCCUGGGAGGAGAACCCGCCGGAGACUCCGGGAGGGCUGGACGCCUCACACUUGGAGGAGGUGGCAAGGAAACUGCUCACCUUGGAGGAGGUGUCGGCCAACCAGGAGGCGGGGCAGACGGAGGGGAACACCAUCCCCCUGACGCAUCACCAGGGCAGGCCGUGCGGACAGGCGGGGCACGGCGACACCUGCAAACGUAUAGUCAUCAACGUCAGCGGGCUCAAGUUCGAGACCCAGCGGGGCACCCUCUGCCGCUACCCGGACACUCUGCUCGGGAACGCCGAUAGGAUGAAGAAGUAUUACGACUCGGCACGACAUGAGUACUUCUUCGACAGACACCGGCCGAGUUUUGAGGCUAUCCUGAGUUAUUUCCAAACAGGAGGUAAGCUAAACCGACCGGCUGAUGUUCCUGUGGAUAUUUUUCUGGAGGAGUUGAAGUUUUAUGACAUGGGGGCCUCUCUGAUCAGACAGAUUCGGGAGAAGGAGGGACUCGGUGGGAUUAUCAUGCGUCCAAGGUUGCCGAGGAACCGAAACUUUAGAAGAAUAUGGCUCCUGUUCGAAUACCCGGAGUCGUCGCAGUGGGCUAAGAUUGUUGCAGGAGUUUCUGUAGCUGCAGUGUUCUUAGCGAUCGGUAUCUUCUGUCUGGAGACUGUACCUGUGCUGCAAGACUUCGCCAUGGACCUGGUCGCGUCAGAGCCAGAGAGAGUUCGCUCCUUCGCGCAGCCCUUCUUCGCCUUGGAGACGAUCUGCGUUGCCUGGUUCAUCUUUGAACUCAUCACUCGUUUUGUGGUCUGUCCCAGCAAACUGGACUUCAUCAAAGGAGCGCUGAACAUCAUCGACUUGUUGUCCAUCGUGCCGUACUUUGUCGACGUCACGGUCAGUCUGACGUCAGAUCCGGGCGCUCCGGACAACUCUUUAGUCCCCACGUUAAGAGUCGUGCGACUCGCCAGGGUCUUUCGCAUCUUAAAGGUGGCUCGCCACUCCAGGGGAAUGCAGGUUCUUGGCAAAACCUUCAAGGCGAGCUGGAAGGAACUGGGGCUCCUCCUGUUCUUCCUGCUAGUCGGGAUAGUCCUCUUCUCCAGCGCGAUCUACUUCGUGGAGUAUGACCUUGAAGAUUCGCACUUUACCAGCAUCCCGUCCGCGUUCUGGUGGGCGGUCAUCACCAUGGUAACGGUCGGGUACGGGGACAUGUAUCCGCAGUCGCUUGGCGGGAAAGUAGUCGGGGGUUUGUGUGCGCUUUCUGGCGUCCUCACUGUUUCCUUGGUCAUGCCCGUCUUCGUGACUAACUUUAACCGCUACUACUAUCAGGACAAGAACGCGCAGAGCUUUAGAAGGGCCACGGGGUCCCGCAUGGUAGGGCACUGGUUGUUUCAAGUGACGCAGCCGUCCAUAGGCAUGGUGCGACCUAACGUAGACGUGUCCAUUGCGCUAGAGUUGGAAGCGCAACCACCGAAACUCAAGAGGAAAGGGGGGAUAAAGAGAAGAAAAGGUGGCAAAGAGACUACAAGCGCGUAGCUAAUGCAGACUUGACUAAUGUCGAAAAGCGCAUUGCCGCACUCGGCUUUAAUAUGGCAAUAAAUAUAUCUUGGAUGGCAUGAUCCUUGAGUUUUGAGUAUGUGAGCGAUAUCUAGCGGCCAGUAGCCGCAUGGCACCCAGGAAAGCGCCACACAUUCAAAUUGGGAAGCGAAAAAACUGUACUAGAAGUUGCAAGAUUCACCUUGUACAAACUAUCGUAACUGUUAUAAUACUAGUAACUGUCUGCUAUUCUAUACGCCGCGACGGUGCUAACAAGAAAGCUGACUGGUGAAAAUAACACACAUUCGCGAGAAACCUGUACAUGAUUGAAGAUUCGCUUUGUACAAGCAGUCGUGACUGUUGUAAUAACUGCCUGCUAUCCUAUGGUGCUAACAUUAGUAACAACUUAACCUCCUUGGUAACAAGAAGGCCGAGUGAAAAUAACACGUACUGUUCGCAUUGCGAGGUAUGGAGAAAACGGAGAUGAGUUUCCAACCCUCUGCAGUCUUCUGGAGCGGCGGGCUGUUUUUCAAUAAGUCAUUUCGCGAUUUGAAGUGCGCAUGCGCAGUGUGAUGCGUUGCCGGUAAUAUGUCAAAGUUGAAGGUCAUAGCAAACCAGAAAAAGAAUGGCCAGGGGCCUUCAAAUUUGACAUGUUACCCAGAACGAAUUAUACUGCACAUACGCACUUAAAACGUAUCAUUUGUAAGAGAUUUUAUGCAACAUUUUUGAAUCUGAGUACAUAAUAGUGGCUACUUUCUCUCAACUCAGUUGCCUUAGAAACGUUUGUAUGAUUGUGCCUUAUACAUUCAUCCGUUUAUGUGAAAAAAAAUGUUGGCAAACUUCAUCUAAACGUUUAAAAUCCAUGUCAUGUUUCAGAACCAUUUGAACUCAUGAUAAUCGAGUUCUCUUGGAGACUGUCAUUCAGUUUUACCUGCCAACGUUUCAGCAAUCAGUUUACCACUACUGUAAAUGCAUUUAAGUUUGCGGUAGCGGGAAAAUGGACUUUUCGUAGUGGUUUUAAGUUCGAGGUAGCACCAUGCACUGUAGUCUCUUACUGCCAUGGAAAAAUGUUCACAUUGGUUUUAAAUUCGCAGUGAAGGGGCCGCCAUGAAAACUGCGAACAUUAAACCACCACAAAAGUUUCUGCAUUUACAGUAGUUUACUACCUUCCUCAGGGCUGUAAUGACCACUUCUUGUCACUAAGUUGCUAGGCUGAGAGAAUACUAUUUCAUAUACUACGUUUCAAAUCAAUCUGAACUCAGGUAGAGUCAAUAGAAGUCGGAGGAUACUGUGUAUCACAUGAACAUAUUAUGCAGGAACAUUAUAGAUUUGUCAUGUAUCAACUUUGGCAGGGACAUUCACAGUAUAUGUAUGUCAGAGUAGGGACUGAAAUCUUGCAGAACAACAAGUUAUCUGCUGGUAGAGAUCUCAGUUUGAGUUUAUUUUGACUUUAAAGAUAUUCUCUUGAAAGACAGAACUUUUCAACUUUGAUUCAUGUCAUUAUAGAUCCAGGGAAUGACUUGAAAUUUAGGACCUAUAAAUGGAAGAAAACCCUAACAUAUUCCUAGUAUCCUGAUCAGAUGUCGACAGAAACUCCGUUUGGGAUCUAUACAGCCAGAUUGCUAUAUCUGUCCUAAUGUACACCUCCAAUUAGAACAACAACAAAACCUCUGUAAACAAACAACCUCAUACUGAUUGGUACGAGUUUCAAAGCGUUUUCUAAAAUGCUACUUAUGAUCUGUGCCGUAAGCAACUUGGUGUGAACU